GAAAGGCAGGCAUUGACUUGACAAUCAAACCAAAAUAAACUGAGAAACGUGCAAUCUGAUUUUUGUAUAUAAUAUUAGUAUUAUUAAGCUUUCUUAUUCAUAAUGUCUUCUAACAACAAAGAUCUGAAAACUUGCCUUGAAAUGUCGCUCAAAGUUAUACGAAUGUAUGAUUGGCUUUUGGACUUGUAUGUGUUGGACUUCUUUGUCGACGACCAUUGGAAUAAAUUGCCGAGUACGUGGCGACAUACUUUCGAACAUAUGGACCCACAACUUUUAGGGGACAUUCUCUCAAAGAAACCAUCAAACACGAUGCUGCCACUGUCAUUUCUGGCACUAAUAAAGUCGAUUGAAGCCCUUACUAUUCCACGGGAGAGGCAGGAUAUAAAUAUAAAUGAAAAAAAAUCUACGAACUUGGAUACUUGCAAACAUCAUCCGAGGCUUAAAAAUCUGUUUUUGAAGCAUGUGAAAUUAAAGAAGAGACAUGAGAUAAGCCUUAUGGCUGGUGUAGUUGUAGAUACUGCUGUACAGACUGGUUGUAACUCUGUGAUAGACUUUGGUUCAGGCCUGGGACACCUGGUGCGAGUUUUAGCAUACAGAGAUGAUUUGCAUGCAGCCGGGAUCGAGUGCCAGGCACAACUCACAGAGGAGGCGAGAAAACUUGACUUGGAAUUAGAGUACACAGCCAAGAAGCACCUAUCAAGCGAGUCUGUAAGCAGACUGAAGCGCCCUCUACACUUUAAUAUGACAUUGUCAACUCACAAACAGCUGAUGGGACUUUCUUUACCAGAUUAUAUGGCAAACUAUGGACUUAUAGGCUUGCAUCCAUGCGGGGACUUAGGUCCUUUAUUACUGAAACAGUUUGUUGAAUGCGAGAACAUAAAGUUUAUAUGUGUAGUCGGCUGUUGUUUUAUGAAGCUGUCCUGUGAUGGUGUUAACCGAGGGUAUCCGAUGAGUGACUUUGUAAAGAGGUUGGAUAGUCAUCUGUCAUUCGCCAGUAGGGAGAUAGCCUGUCAUGCGAUUGAGGUGUACUGUGAGAGGCUUUGCAAGGGCAAUUAUGAGGAUUUGAAGAUACAUGCAUACAGGGCUGCUCUGGAAAGGAUGCUGGUGGAACAUGAUCCGAAACUGCGCCACGCACCAGUGCGGAGCAUCAAACAUUCAAACACCAUGUCUUUUGAACAGUACUGCUCUCAAGCAACAGAGCGCCUCAACAUCUCCCUGCCAACAUCCACAGUGGCCUGGUCCCGCGGCCUGGCGGACCUGGCGCAGUGGCGACGUGUGGUAGUCGUCUACACACUGCGGUUAGCUUUGGCACCGCUUGUAGAAACCGUGGUGUUGCUAGAUAGAGUACUUUUUGUACUUGAGCAAGGUCUUUCUUGCGAAAUAAGGCCCGUGUUCGACCCGAAGCUAUCACCUAGAAAUCAUAUAAUAAUAGCUAAAAGAUAUUGUUAACAUGACAUUUUAAACUCAAACAUAUAGUACCAUAAGGUGCUUAUUUGCGAAACAUAUGUUUGUGUAAUUUAAUGCUUGUAAGAACGAAUUUGUUAUUUAUAACAAAUAAAUCAGUACAGAUAUCUAUUUGUAUUUUCAUUCAACUGAAUAGCACUAUACCAAGUAAUUUUACGGCACUUUCAAUCUAUAAACUUACACUAUAAUUAUAUUUUUCUUAAAUUACGUAGUCCUUAAUGCCAUGCAAUAUUUAAUCAUUCAGCCCUGGACAUCUAGGAAUUUAUAGCACACUGAAAAAAUGCAAAUUAUUACAACUUUUUACUGAAUUCAAAGGUGACUCCUUGUGAAUAGUAGAUAGCAAUAUUCCAAUAUUCGUAAUUUGUGACUUUGAAUAAUUACGAAUGCGCUUUUUUAUUUAAAUUAUAAGUUCGUUCCACAUACCUAUGUAAAUUGCAAUUCAUUUCUAUUCAAAUAAUUUCGUAUCACCUUUUGUCCCAUUAAAUCCAGAGCUGUCAAAGCGACAAUACUUUGCAUACAUUCACUAUUUUAUACACUGUUAUUAAAGACCAUAAGACCAUAGGCAUUAGUAGUAGUCUGCAAGGAGCCAUAGAGGACUCAGAGGCGCCUUCGUACGAGUUUCUUUUAUGUUUAAAGUAAUCGAAACGAGUACGUGUUCGGCGCUCUGAUUGGUUGGUUCAUUGGAGCCGGCCAAUCAGAGCGUCGAACGCGUACUCGUUUCGAUUAAAACUCGUACUAAGGCGUCAAAACACGUGCAUACCUUUCCCACAAAAUGAAGGAGUGUAUAGUUUAGGACUGUAUAGUCUAGGAGUGUAUAGUCUAGGAUUCUUCCUGGUCAACUUGAAAUUUGUAAUCUUAUACUUUUUUUAAACUCGUUUAUCUCUGGAAGUAGGUACUGGUUCGAAUUGAUUUUUUUAUGUGAUAUAGUCCCAUUAUCGAGAAAGGCUAUAAAACAUGAAGCUUCGAUAAAUUGGAGACGAACAGUGCGGGUGAAAGUGUACGUGAGUCUCAUAAUUUAGAAGUCGUACAAAUAUUUCGUUACCCACUGCAUAACAUCUUCGAUUGGUAAUUAAUCCCCAUCAAGUUUAAGACUAAUAUAUUUUUAAUGGGGUGUGCAAGUGUACCCAUUGCAGCCUACUACCGGUACCAUAGUACCAUGUAAUGUAUAAGUGCAUACCUAUACAUAGAUACUUGGUUGUUACCUACAUAUAUCUAUAAUUAUAACUUACUAUGAUUCAAUCACUCGAAGCUCAUUAUUUAUUCUAGUGAUAAUAAUUGUACGACGGUGCGUUUUGACAUUCACAUUAAUUUAAUUUACGAUUAUACAGGUAGGUACCCUAACGAACAAGGGUGAUAUCAAACGAUUACUGUGCACGAAUUACAAAAUGAGCUGUUCUUUUUAAUAUUAUACAAAAUGCAUGCUACAGUAGUUAACAUAAAGUUCAUUUUGCUUUGCAAUAGGAAUAUCAGAAUCUGUACAAAUAUUUACCUACUUACACCUUAUUUGGCGCUGACGAAUAAUUUAUAGAUAUUUUAGAUCACUCUUUGAAGAGCUAUUUUAUCUUAUUUAAAUGUUUGUGCACGUCAAAAUCGUUACAAAUUAUUAAAGCCCAUGUCCUUCACACAGAAGAAUGAAACAAAGACUUGUUUAUAUUUACAUAGUAAUUAUUUGUUGCAUAUUUCAUGCAACUCAAUAUAUUACACAGAUAUGCACUGAAUUUACCUUGGCACAAAAAACGCUAGAGUAAAUAAAUAAUUGAAAAAAAGGCAUUUAGACGUCCACAAACAUUGGGUCCAAUGUUCGAGCUGGGUUCACAUGUGGCAUUGGUUGGCGUGUUGGUAUGGGCAUCAUGCGUUGGCGGGCAAUGUUUGUGGCAACAUUGGCGCGGGCUCCUCGUCCGAGUCGUCAGAAUGUACCCGCGUGAACCGCCGCCGCUCCAGAAGGCGACGCAGCUUGAACUCACCGUGUCCAUACUCCCAACGACGACGGGUCACACCUUUCCGACCUAUGCAAUCACUGGUUGACUUAACUC